ACAAUGACUCUCAACAACGUUACCAUGCGUCGCACCCACAAUAGCAGCCUGCACCAGCAGCAGCAGCGAUGGAGCAUCCCUGCUGAUGGAAAGAACCUGCUGGUCCAGAAAGACUCCAAUGAGUACAACCCACAGAAGCGAUACACCAUCAGCCCCGAUGAAUAUUACAGAAGGAGCUGGUCCUCGGAGUCAUCCGACUCCGUCAUCUCCUCCGAGUCUGGCAGCAACUGCUACCGGGUGGUGUUGAUUGGGGAGCACGGCGUAGGGAAGUCCUCGCUGGCCAACAUCUUUGCAGGGGUGCAUGACAGCAUCGACAGUGACUGUGAGGUGCUGGGAGAAGACACGUAUGAAAGAACCCUGAUGGUGGAUGGGGAAAGUGCAACGGUUAUACUGCUCGACAUGUGGGAUAAUAAGCGUGAGGGAGAAUGGAUUCGAGACCACUGCAUGCAGGUGGGAGAUGCAUACUUGAUUGUCUACUCCAUCACAGACCGAGCAAGCUUUGAGAAGGCCUCUGAACUCAGAAUACAGCUCCGCAGGGCACGCCAGAAAGAAGAUAUUCCCAUUAUUUUGGUUGGAAACAAAAGCGACCUUGUCAGGUGCCGCGAAGUUUCAGUGGCAGAGGGACGAGCCUGUGCUGUCGUGUUUGACUGCAAGUUCAUUGAGACCUCGGCAGCUGUGCAGCACAACGUGAAAGAGCUGUUUGAAGGCAUUGUGCGGCAAGUUCGGCUCCGAAGGGACAGCAAGGAAAAGAAUGAGAAGCGGCUGGCGCUCCAGAAACGGAGAGAGAGCAUCCCCAAGAAAGCCAGGCGGUUUUGGGGCAAAAUAGUUGCCAAGAACAACAAGAACAUGGCCUUCAAACUCAAGUCCAAGUCUUGCCAUGACCUAUCGGUACUUUAAGAACGUUGGACUCUGCCAGACCUUGUGGCAUUUUGUGGACAUUGCCUAACUAUGUCAUGGGACAAUCAAUCAAUCUAUAUUAGAUUGGGCUAUCAGUGACUUAGGUUCACAGCUGUGAUUGUGAUGAUAUGUGCUGGCAUAAGAACAGCACAGUGCAUGGAAAUAUCUCUCUUCCUUUUCUUUUUUAUUUUUUUUCCCCAUCAGUAGUUUUAGAAGAAAAUUAUAGACCAGAAUGACCCAAAGUUAUGCUGGGAAGUGUUCUGGAAUACACCUGUUCUUUCUUCUCUCACCUUUGGAUAAUAGUGUAAAACCCUCAAACGUCAUGACCUGGGAAGUGAAUACUAC